AUGACCAAGUGUUACGUUUUGGCUUCAAUGUUAAACGUAAUCCAACAUCAACUUCAAGAUGUGAAUCAUGCUGCGUACAUGAUGACUAUCUUGAAAGAGAUGUUUGGAGAGCAGAGUCAUGCUACUAAGUUAGACACGAUGAUAACUUUUUUGAACACAAAAAUGGCUAAAGGAACUCUAGUAAGGGAACAUUGUUUGGCCAUGAUAGUCAUGCUUAAUACAUUGGAGGUGCUGGGUGUUGAGAUUGAUGGGGAAUCUCAGGUAGAUGUGAUUCUACACUCCCUGCCAAAUUCUUUCAAUCAGUUACGGCUAAAUAUGUUGAUGAACAAAAAUGAAUCCACUUUGGCAAAAUUGAUGAAUGAGUUAAUCGCAGCGGAAGACAUCCUAAUGUCCAAAGUCAUAGUUAACUAUGCUUCUCGUUCUGGACCAAAAGGAUUAAAGAAGCAUAAGCAACUUAAACCAGUUGGCAAACCAAUUGUCAAGAGGCUUAAGAAAGUUGGUGAUAAGUGCCAAAUAUUGUUGCUAAGGGAAAAUUAUGGAUUUCAUGUGAGAAAAGCAAAUGCUAGAAAAAGCCACUUAGGAGUUAAGGAUCGAGCCCAGUAG